AUGGAGGUUGUUGAGAGGAAACGAUCCAGAGGAGGGUUUCUAAAUCUGUUUGAUUGGCCUGGAAAGUCCCGGAAGAAGCUCUUCUCAUCCAGCAGCUCGGAAUUCUCAGAAGAACCAAAGCAGACAAAACAGAAUACUCAAAACCACCAGAAGUCCAGGCUUUCUCCAUUUGAGGCUGAUGAGAUUGGGAAUAAUUCGAGUUACAAUCCGAGAAGUGAAUCCAGCUGUUGUGCAUCUUCUGUAACCAGUGAUGAUGGGCAGGGGACGAGAGCCCCAAGUGUGGUCGCGAGGCUCAUGGGUUUAGAGUCUCUACCGGUACCAAACGUCCAGGAGCCUCGGUUUAAUCCCGAUCUUGAUCCAUUCUUCCUCAGAUCUUCACGGAACACAAGCAAAUGGAAUGCAUAUGAGAAUCUUGGCUAUGUAAAUCUCCGUAGUGACUAUGAUGGAAUUUCCUGGGAACAUUUGGAAUCAAGAACGAACGAGGGGCGCAACAGACCGAUUGAGCGGUUUCAGUCUGAAACGUUUCCUCCGAGGUCGGCUAAACCGAUCAGUGUUACCAACAACAGACUCUUGUCUCCUAUCCGGAGUCCUGGGUUUGUCCCAUCCAGGAACCCUAUUUAUGUAAUGGAAGCGGCUUCAAGAAUGAUUGAACCAAGUCCUAGGAUUGUUGCUAGAACAAGGUUCUCUCAAUCUGAUUCUCCUUCAUCAGUUCCUAUGAGGAUUCGAGAUUUAAGAGAGAAACUAGAAGCUGCACAGAAAGUGUCAAGCCGUCAAAUCUCCAAUGAGACCUACCCAAGUAGAAAGCAGAACGAGAAGAGAACCUCAACAUCAGUCACGGCACCGUCCACUAGCAAGCUCAUUGGAAAAAGGAGUUCUGAUGGUUUGAAGAGUAAAGUGAAGCCACCUUAUGUAUCUGCACAAGCAAAGGCCAGCACAACGCCCUUAAGUGUCAAUAGAAACAACUCUGCAAGCCAAAAGGAGAAAGCAGAUGCUAAAAAGUCCAUAGUCAAAAGCCAGAAUGGUCUGAGAGGACCUUUUAUUAGCACGGGAAAGAAGCAGAACUGCAGAGACAACCAACCUGUAAUGACCUCUGUUUCAAACCACAAGAGCAGCAAAGUUAUUAACAAAGUUGUAAACAAGGUUCCAGUGGAAAGUGGAUUGCUAUCAAAGCAGUUGGGUUUAACAACGGCGUCAGGGGGAAAGAAUACUUCAUUAUCAUUGUCCCGCAAGAAGACUCUUCCCCGGAGCAAAAAGCCCCAAAAUGGGAUGCAAGAAUCUGGAAUCUCCGAUGAUAAACGGAUCAAAAGGGGUGAAAAUUUGAUCAAAUGUAACAUUACCAUUGAUGGUGGCUUGAACUCAAAGAAAGAUGAUCGGAAAAAGGAAAUGGAUGUGAUUUCAUUCACGUUCUCUUCCCCCAUCAAAGGUUUAUCAUUUGAUUCACUAUCCUCAACUCGAGGAAUUGAUCAAGACACAGACUCUACAGUUAGUUUCAAUAUGAUUGGCGGCGAUUCUUUAAAUGUUCUGUUGGAGAAAAAGCUCAGGGAGCUGACUUCUAAGCUUGAGUCUUCUAGCUGUAGCCUGACCCAAGAAGAGUCUUCACGUUUCAGCGCAAAGGAUGGGGUGAAUGGGAUGAUCUCAUCUUCAUCAGAGUACGAAAAGUCGACCCAAAACCGUCUGGAUAAAGUUUUAUCAGAGAGUGACUCUGUUUCUGACUGCACUUCCUUCUAUUACAAACAAAAAUUCCAGAUGAUACAGGCAGAAGAGCACGAAGUCAGCAGCAUUAGUACUGUGACAGAAGCAGAUGAUCUUAGAAGCUCCUGCAGCAAGGAUACAGAAACCAAACCUCACGAGGACUGUCUUGAUUUACCCAACUCACAAAAAGAAGGUGAGAAGCAAGUGAUGCCGAGGAGAACAACUAGUUCAAGCCAGUUUUUGGUUGAAUAUGUGUCUAAUGAUGCUAAGUUUGUCAAUGAAAGAGCUCGUAAUGACUUUGUUCUUCUAUCCCGUGGCAUUAUGAGACUUGAUGCUCGUGCACGUCAGGAUGUUGCGAUUCUUGGCUCCGGAUUCCUUAAACUAGAUGCUCGAGCAAGAGAAGAUACGGAGAAAAUAGACCGUGACGUCAAAAGAAAGGCCGAGCGCCUUCAUCAUAUUGCUACUAUAUUAAAGAACAUAGCUCAGUCUAAGUUGAAAAAUGCUGCUGAUAAGCAUUGGAGCGACGGUGCCUUAGAGGCUGAUUUAAGGCGAGCAGAUUUCCGCGCUAAACAACGGGCAAUGGAGGAUGCAUUAAUGGCUUUAGAAGUAAAAAACAAAUUCAUCAAGAAUGUGCAUGACAUGAUGGUUAACAAAAUGGUUGAUAGCUUAGGGGUUACAUCAGAAACUGGUAUCACAGACCGUAUAUCGCUUGAGAAGAAUGGGAAAGCUCUAGACUUUUUCCCUGGAGAAGUUUCAUCUGACCGCAUAUCUGCUAUUGAGGAAGCUUACAGAGGUAUGGCAUCAGCACUCUCAGAAGCCGAUGGAAUUGACUACACUGACCCUGAAGAGCUCGAGUUGUUAGUGACAACUCUGAUUGACCUUGAUGCAAUGGAUGGUAAAACUAGUGCUUCUCUCUUGGCUGAAUGCUCAAGCUCUCCAGACGUCAAUACAAGGUAA